AUGUACGUGUCGCUGUGCAGGGGAAUCCCGGAGAGUUCGUUCAGGAAACCGCCGAGACCGCAACCCCAGCAGACACACCGAUUGAAUCUGAGCGGAGGUGGUGGUCCCCCCCGGAGGAAGACGUCUGGUUACGCGCGGCCGCAAUUCACCGGUCCUAUGGAGUUAGAGACGCUGAUGGAGGAAGGGGCCUUGCCCGGCCCAGGUAGCCGAGAAGGCGAAGCGCUGACGGCGGACGACGGCACUCGCGCAUCGUUCUCCAACGGGGACAAAGCUCCGCAUCGCCAACGGUCACAACAACCACAACAAGAAGAAUUCAACUCGGCCGCCGCCAUGAAAUCGAAUUCCGAUCGUCCGCGCAGCUCGCUCAACCUUUACCUUGCCGCAUGCACGGUGAACAUGGGCGCGCUGGCUGCCGGUUGUGCACUCACGUGGUCUUCGCCAAGUCUGGUGAAGCUGGAAAACGGUGAAACCGGCAUGAAGAUCACAAGCGACGAAUCCUCCUGGGUGGGCUCACUGGUGACACUGGGCGCGGCCAUCGGACCGAUACUCGCCGGAAUCCUGCUGGACCGUUUGGGCCGUAAGCACACUAUACUAUUGAGCAUGGUGCUGUCGGCAAUCUCGUGGAUCAUCAUCGGCGCGAUCUCCAAUCUCGUGGCGCUGUACUUUGCUCGGGUGUUGGCGGGUAUCGCCGUUGGUGUCAUUUUCACCGCCGUGCCAAUGUACAUCGCAGAAAUAGCAGAGAUGCGUCUGAGAUCUUCGUUGGGUACACUGAUGCAGUUCUUUUUGGUCGUCGGAUUUUUGCUCGAAUACAUUGUCGGACCGUACACGUCCUACCUAACGUUGGUCAUCGUGUCCCUGGCGACGCCCAUCCUGUGUUUCGGCAUGUUCGUGUGGAUGCCGGACUCGCCACAGUCGCUGUUGAUACGGCCUGGUGGAGAGCAGAAGGCCAUGGAAUCGUUACGGUGGUUGCGCGGUAACCCACAAGAGACGGCUCUGAUCAAAGAGCUUGAAGAUAUCAAGAAAUCCGUCGACGAGGCGAAGAAACAAAAGUCUGGUUUCGGCGAACUAUUCGCCAACAAGGGCAACAUCAGGGCGGUGGUUAUAUCCUGUGCCAUGGUUGCGUGGCAGCAGCUCAGCGGCAUCAACGUGGUGCUGCUGUACAGUGAGACAAUUUUCCGGAAGACCGGUGUCGAUCUAUCUGCUAGCGUGUCCACAAUAAUCGUCGGGACGGUAAUGUUGGUCGCUGCUGGUGCGACACCGACCUUGGCUAAGAUGACUACAAUGAGAACGCUACUGUACAUCUCGGCAGUCGGAAUGGCAAUUACCGACGGAGCGCUUGGCUUGUUUUUCUACUUACAAAAUUCAGGAAUGGAUGUGAAUUCUAUUGGAUGGUUACCGGUUACAAGUUUGGUGCUUUUCAUCAUUACUUAUUGUCUUGGUUUCGGUCCGCUGCCAUGGGCUAUUAUGGGAGAGAUAUUUCCGACCAAUCUAAAGUCUGUGGCAUCGGCCUUAACAGCUAGUUUCUGCUGGAUUUUAGGCUUUGUAUUGACGAAGAUGUUCAAUAUGGUGAGCGAAGCUAUCGGCAUACAUUUCGUAUUCUGGUUGUUUGCCGUGUGCUGUAUACUAGCGCUGUUAUUCACAGCGUUUUUGUUGCCUGAAACUGAAGGCAAGACACUUCAAGAAAUCCAGGACAUAUUGCACGGCAGAAACAAAUCCGGGAACCACAAAAUGACCAGAGCAUAAUACAUGAUACAAUUUUGUACAAAAGCGACUGAUUAUUUUUCAUUUGAUUAAAACUUCUCUAAAUUGUCUUCAUGAUAUUUAUAUAUUAAAUAUAAAUAUACAUGAUAGACAACAGCCAAUUUAUUAAUUAUCGUUAGUCUUAAAAUCCGAUAUUAGCCAUUAGUUAUAUAAAUUCAUGCGAUUCAAUAAUCAACACUGUAAAUUUUGUACCCAAUAUUUUUAUUUUUUAUUUUAUUUUAUAAAAUGAAGACUUUAUUAAUACAUUAUAUUAUUUGUUUAUUAUAA